AUGGAUCCUGGGACUGCGCUAGGCGCCGUUUCUCUGAUUUUCCAGGUAUUUUCGGGCUGCAUCAAAGGCUAUCAAUUACUUUCGGCUGCCAAAGGCCUCGACGACGACCACAAAUUCUUCCGCAUUCGCAUCAAGAGCGAGCAGUACCGUCUCCUCAACUGGGCACAGAUCGCUCAGCUGAGCGAGAACGACGACACUCUCACCAUCAGCAGAUCCAGCAAGACGCUGCUUCUCGAUGUCCUCGACCAGCAACACCGCCUGCUCCUCCGAUUUGGGCGCCUGGACGAACGGCUAAGACCUCUCACAAGGCCGCUUCUGCUCAGUGACGAGGUUGAUCUCGGUCGAGACGCAGGGGUCAAUUACAGGCAGCGCGAUGGAGAGCUCGAGACUCUCAUCGGGGACGAUGACGUGCAGCGGCGCUUCCCGGCCACCAACCCACUCCUCAUGAAGUCGCUGAAGUUCAUCAAGAAAACAAGUCGCUUCCCAACAAGUAUCCGCUGGGUAGUAUCCGACAAGGCCAAGAUUGAGGAGCUUCUGGGAAGACUAACGGGGCUGAACGACUAUCUGGACCAGCUGCUCAGCACCCAGCAGAUGGAGCUGCUCAGUAGCCAGCAAACCCGGACGAACUACCAGAUCCUGCAGCUGAACAACAAGAUAGACCAGCUUUCUGACCUUUUCAAGGCAGGAAUGCUCCAGGCAACAAACAAACGAGAAAGCGAACAUCUUUCCGCCUCCGUUUCGCCCUGGCUUUUAUCAGACCGCAAUGAUUAUACGAUGCGCCGGGGAUUAGAGGGGAGCCUGGCGCAGCUUGCGCAGACCAAGGUCCUCGUCACAGCAACAGAAAGAAAGCCAUGUCCUUUUGUGCGCGACUUGCUCUCCACCCUCCAACUAGAGACUUCGGUGUGGACGGACGGCCAGUCUUCCAGGCUUGCUGAGAGAGAUAUCCAGUUAGUGGAAACGCACAAGAGUUCACAAAGCCCAGAUAUCACAAGCCAUACCAAGCGGACAACGGCAUGGUACAAGCCGUCGUCACAGUCCUGGCGCGCCGUGUGGGUAGAGUGGAAGCAGCUGCCCCGCGUGACAGACGGGGGCCGCAUCGGCAGAACCACCACAGAAAGGCUCGAGGCUCUGGUCGGCCUGCUACGCGAAGACAAGCACACGCGCCAGUUCCGAGCGCUGCGCUGCCUAGGCUACUACGUACACACGACAGCCCAGCAGAGCGACGGUCAGGCGGUCAGGCUAGACUACGGCUGCGUGUACGAGAACCCGGAGGGCGUCGACCCCACAGCCCGCCCGGUGUCGCUGCUGGAACAUAUAGUCGAGCCGCGGCAGGCAAGGAAGACGCCCUCGCUGUCGGCGCGCGUCGCGCUGAUGCGCUCACUGGCCGAGUCGCUAGAGCGGCUGCACGCCGUGAACUGGCUGCACAAGGGCCUUCGGUCAGAACACAUUAUGUUCUUCCCACCAGACUGCGCACCUCCACAUGAUGCUGCCAUCAGUCUGGAUAUCUGCCGUCCCUACCUCACAGGCUUCGACUACUCCCGUCCCGCGGCGGAGCGAUACAGUCAUAUGUCCGAGACAGCGUCGGCCGACGCGGCCGAGGAUCUCUACCGCCACCCGGCUGUGCAAGGUAGAGCCCGGUGCUCGGCCACCAGUCGCGGUUACAAGAAAAUCCACGACAUCUACUCGCUCGGCAUCGUGCUCUUGGAAAUCGCACUCUGGAAGCCUAUCUUCAAAAUCCUCGGGCGUGCGCGCGUUGAGGAUGUCAGCGCCAGGGAGGCCGCUGAGGCCAAGGAGACGCUGCUGAGUGGGGGGCUUGGCGUCACGAGCUGGCUCAGAAGCAACCUGGGGGACACGGUCUCUGAUGUGAUUGUGGCGUGUCUCACCGGCCCUAUAGCCUUUGGUAUCGCGGGUCUCGAGGACGAGGAAGGGGUGCAGCUGCAGGAGCGGUUCUUCGAGGUCGUCGUCAAGCGGCUGCAGAGCCUGCGCAUCUGAUUGCCCCCAGUAAUCACACCUAAGCAUCUACCAUGCGGCUAUCCUCAAGCCACGUGGCUACAGGUGGCACGUACCCGUCAGCCCUCAUGCUUCACGACGCAUGCUGUCCUUGUCGACAUUCUCGGACGAGCCAACGAGGCUACGCCCUGGGCAUGGCCUUUCGCAUCCCGCCUGUUACGCUUCACCGCU